CAACCUGCGCAACAACCAGCUGACAGGCCUUGUACUGCAGCCCAUCCCAUCAUCAGUCACCGUCUACAACCUCGAUCUCAACUACUUCUCCUCUGGCUUCUCCUCCCCACCUGACUGCUCCCAAGGCUCCAUCUCCUUCCGCUUCAACUGCCUCGAAACCCCUGCUGACGGAUUCUCCUGCCCAACUCCAGCCACGCCUUCUGCUGCGGAUGCAGCGGUGCAGCGGCCAGAAGAGCUAUGUGGUGCCUUCUGCGGCGUGAGUGCUACUGAUCCCCCGUGCGACGGCCAUGGCGUGUGCUAUCUGGACGGCUCUAGCAGAGUGCCCACGUGUGACUGCGAGUUCGGGUUUGUCAACGGGGAGUUUCCUGGAAGCUGCAUCGCUGAAGGCAGUGAGGACCCAGUAAUCGUGCAGCCAACAGCAGCACAGACAUCAGUUAAGGGGGGGGCUGUAGUAGCAAACGACGACCGCAUCACGCUCACAGCCUCACAGCCCAACACGUGGGGUGCAGCGUUCCUCCAACUGCCCAUCCCACUCUUCUCCUUCUCCCUGAAAGCCGGUGCCUGCGGCCGCCCCUUGGCCUUCACCGUCUAUUUCUCCUUCUCCAUUCUCAAACCAGCCACCGCCAGCAGGGCAGCAAUGACAGCAGCAGGAGACGCAGGCGACGGAUUUGCGUUUGUGAUUGCAGCCACUGACGCUGCUACGGGUGGUAGUAGUGGCAGCAGCGAUGGCAGUGGUGGGGGCGGCAGCUUGGGGUAUGCAGGCAUGGAUGAGCGCAGCAUUGCAGUGGAGUUUGAUACUGCUAAGAGCACCGAUGCCAACGACCCAGACAACAACCACGUGGGAAUCAGUGUGAGGGGCAACACCUCUUCCAUCGCAACAGCCAAAGUGCCCUUCACUCUCAACGACGGCAGGCCAAAGCAUGCCUGGGUCGUCUUUGAACCCUCUCCUUCCUCCUCUGGCGGUGCUGCUAGUGGCAGCGCUACCUAUGGCAGCAGCAACAGCAGCGGGGGCGGCGCGGGGUGGCUGCGGGUGUUUCUGUCGGCCAAGGGGUCCCCUCGGCCGAGCAAGGCAGUGGUGGCGAUGCAGGUGUCGCUGUGCGAGUUCCUGCAGCCCAGUGCAGCCGAGGCAUCGUUCCUCAUGGGCUUCACUGCUUCCUCCUCUGACUCCCCACAGCUCCACUCCAUCCUCGAGUGGAACAUCACCACAGGUCUGUGCCGUUGCUCCCUGUUGCUCCCUGCUGCUCCCUGCCGCCCCCCUCCGUUAUCCUCUGCUCCCACGUGCUCGUUGCUGUUUCCUUCUGCUCCCUGCUUCCGGCCUCGCCCUGAUCCCUCCCAAAGCCAGCAGUUUGGGUUCCAGUUCAGCGAGGCAUCGCUGGCACCAGUGGGGGCGAAUCUGUUUUUCCGCUACGCCAGUGCGGGCGUGCAGGCAGUGCUGCCAGCAGGCGCAGCAGGAGCGGAAGGGGGAAACGGCAAGGAGGAGGAGGUGUGGGUUGUGAGCCAAGCGUUCUCCUGGACCGACCAGGGGCUUUCAUGGCCCGUCCAGAACCAGGGCGCCUGCGGCGAUUGCUGGGCGUACGCGGUGGUGGGCAGCAUAGAAAUGGCAUACGGCAUUCUCUCCAACCUCUCUGUCGUGCCGCACCUCUCCGUCUCCCAGCUACGCGACGCCCUCGGCUCCAAAUGCUCGCAGGGCAACUCGCCCUCCCAGGCCUUCCAGUACCUCGUCACUCUCAACGCCAAGAGCAAAGUGGGGCUCACGGAGGAUGGCGGGACCGGGGUGGUGGCCACACCCCUGGAACGGUGGGCAACUCUUGUUACAUUUUCUUUUUCUUUUUUUGUUGAAGCAGCCUAA